CAGCUGGAGGCUGGAAGUCUGUAAUUACGACCUGUUGACAUCGCGGGUGGUAUCAUUAUGCGAAGUGAUGUUUCUGUUUAAAAUAAGAUUUCUGGAGGGAAAUAAUGUUUUGAUUACUUCAGUAUUUAUAAGUAAUGUCAAUUCAGUUGCCUUUAAAUACCUGUGUGUACUUUGUAAUUAGUUCAAAAAACCUUUGGGUUUGGCCGAGGACCUGGCAACUCCACUACUUGUAUAGACCAAAGCUUUUUUGGAGGAUAAACUAUGUUAUCCCUCUUAGAGGUUUCCACACAAACCGACCACAUUGUAAAUGGAGUAGAGGCAAAACACUGUGGUGUAAUAAGCAUCUCUACUGCCAUGACUUUUUGCAUUGCAGGAUUUUAAAACUUAGUACUUCUAAGGAAUUAACAAACAAUCGCAUGUCACGAUUCAAGAACACUUUAGAAUCUGUUUCAAAAGCUGUGUCUGGAACUCACAGUGAGCUGGUUUCACGUAUUGCUCGUCUAAAGCCUCAUUCUGGUGUACUGAGUAAAUCGGCUGAAGAAAAUGGGCAGGGAAAUACUUUCCAUGUUACUGUAGAAAGUGACAGGCAAACCAACAGCAGGUCUCAGGAAGAAUGUGAUGAUAGUAUAGAUAUAAAGAAGCCUGUCUUGGUGACUGGAGACCUAGAUCCAGGUGGUCUUAGUCACGGUUCACUCAAAGAUCUUGCAGAUCUCAAAAACAGCCUUUUUCACGUUAGCUACUUUGCUACAAACUUUGGAGAAACGUACAACUUCCUUGCCAGUCACAUCAAUUGGUAUUUUAGUACUAGUGUUAUGGAUAAAGAGAAGAAAGGGAGCUCAUUCCCACCCAAGCUAGAGAAUCAAACUGGAGAAGCACUUGACUCACGAGAAGAAGACAUAUUAAGUAAUGAAAACAGGCUAAAUGAAGCAUCGGCUUUAAUUCCUUCAGCUCAGUCUCCAGAUUCUACAAAGACCAGCGUCACUCCUUCAGCUUCCAGCAAAAAAAGUAUUGCAAAUCUUCUUUCUUACCCCAGUAACAGUGUACAGGCCUUUGUGGAUAGCUACAUUGGAGGGCUGGUGCCCAGAUUGCGUUCUGAUACAAGAUCCGCUUUGCAAGAAAAGAUCAAUGUACAGGAACCUGAGGAAAUUUUGAAAGAUGAUGAAGAGACCAAAAGUGCUGAAGAAAAAGAGAAGAGGCUGUCUCUUCAAAGGGAAAAGAUUAUUGCAAGGGUGAGUAUUGAUAACAGAACCCGGGCGUUAGCUCAAGCAUUACGAAGAUCAUCUAACAGAAGAGUCUAUAUCAACAGGGUUGAAGAAUUGACAUACCAUCUCUUGGAAUUUCCAGAAAGUAGAGGAGUAGCUAUUAAGGAAAAAAUCAUUCCCUGCCUGUUGCGUCUCAGACAAGCAAGUGAUGAAGCCCUUGAGGCUGCCGUUAGGGAGGCGUUGGCAGUAAUUGGAUAUACAGAUCCUGUGAAAGGUUGGGGCAUUCGUGUUCUCAGUAUCGAUGGUGGGGGAACAAGGGGUUUAGUGGCACUUCAGACUCUUCGUAAACUUGAGGAGCUUACUGGAAGGCCUGUUCAUCAUCUCUUUGACUAUAUUUGUGGAGUGAGUACAGGUGCUAUAUUAGCAUUUAUGUUGGGGGUAUUUCAUAUCCCACUGGAUGAGUGUGACGAACUUUAUCGCAAACUUGGAACUGAUGUAUUCAAGCAAAAUGUCAUUGUCGGGACUGUUAAAAUGGGCUGGAGCCAUGCAUUUUAUGACAGUGAAAGCUGGGAGAAGAUGCUUAAAGACAGAAUGGGAUCAGAUGUUAUGAUUGAAACAGCAAGAAAUCCAAGGUGCCCCAAGGUAGCUGCAAUAAGUACUAUUGUAAACCGUGGAACACCGUUGAAAGCCUUUGUAUUUAGAAAUUACAAUCACCUACCUGGAGUCAAGUCUCACUAUCUUGGAGGUUGUCAGUAUAAAUUAUGGCAAGCAAUUCGAGCAUCAUCUGCUGCACCGGGCUACUUCCAAGAGUAUGUUCUGGGCAAUGACCUUCAUCAGGAUGGAGGACUGCUCAUGAAUAAUCCUACAGCUUUAGCAGUGCAUGAGUGCAAAUGUCUUUGGCCAAAUAUGCCUCUGCAGUGUGUAAUAUCCUUGGGAACUGGCCGAUAUGAAAGUGAAGGGAAGACCAAUGUCACCUAUACAAGUCUGAAAGCUAAGCUGAAUAAUGUCAUCAGCAGUGCUACUGACACUGAAGAAGUCCACACAAUGUUGGAUGCUCUUUUACCUCCAAACACAUACUUCAGAUUUAACCCUCUGAUGAAUGAGGACAUAGCUCUAGAUGAAAGCCGCAAAGAAAAGCUUAAUCAGUUACGGACAGAUGGCAUUCGAUAUUUAGAACGGAAUGAAGAGAAACUGAAGAAAGCUGCCAAAAUAUUAACAGAGGAAAAAACAACUUUGCAGAAACUCAAUGACUGGAUCAGGUUGAAGACUGACAUGUAUGAAGGACUACCAUUCUUUUCCAAAUUAUAAAUAUGUAAAGCAUGAAUAGUCAUCAGUAUAAAACAUAUUUCAUGAGUCUGCAUUGUAUUAAAAGGGACUGAAAUUAUAUUAGUUGUAAUUCCUUAUGAUUAGCUGUUUAUAAAUUCACAGGAGGAGAAGCAGUUCAAUUGGUGAUGGCACAGUACAAACCUGUUGCCUUUGAUCUGAAGAUCCUACUGCAUGAACAGAAAGCAAUUUUGCUCAGUUGAUGUGGGGGGGGGGGUUCCUCUGGUUCCCCCUCCCAUUCAGCCCCCUGAAAAUCUGCUCUUGAAAGCUCCCUGAUUUUUCUAGAUACAGUUGUCUUUGGGAAGGUGUUGUUGUGAUAACAUCACCUUGCCUGAUCAGAAGUACAUUCUACUCCCUCAGUGGGAUUUUUGAAUCCAUGAUCUUCUUUACAGUUUUUUGAAAAGAUUUUACUGAGUCAGUGUUUUCAGAACUUCACAAUGGUGCAGAUUAAAAUUAUACACUGAACCAUUUGGAUUUUUAUCUGCUGUUUGUUAUGGUUUGUUUAAAUUUGUGAUGAUGAAAGACUAAUUUGUUAUAUUCAGAAUAUAUAUUCCAAAAUCAUGCUGUUGACAAAACCAUAACAUGUUUACCAUUUGGAGUAGGAGUACAGGUCAAAUUGUACAGCCUGCAUGGCACUUAAACCAGAAUAAGUAAAACCAGUUUAGCCCAUGGAAACCAAUGGAACAAAACUCUGAAAUCUGGUGAGAAAUCUGUGAAUUUCUUAGUUUUAACUGGGUUGCAGAUUGAAUUGCAAUUAUUGUAAAUUUUCAGAAUGCAUUGAGGUUAUGGCACUGCCAAUAGAUGUCAUCCCUUCUGUUUAAUGGAGACGUAUAUUGCCUUCUGGCAAAAUCUGUGCAUGUAGAAAGGUGUAUCAUGUACAUUGUGUCUAUACACAAGUUUACUUUAUGCAAUACAAUAUUUAGCUGAUUACCCUGAGGUCUAAAAUGGGUAAUAUCAACCUGUAUUUAGUUUUCAUUGGUUCUGUUGCAAGGUAAUUUCCUAUUUGACUGUAACUCUGAAACAUACCAUAAAUGUCAGU